AUGGCUUCAGCAUCGGCGUCUUCAAGUGCAGAGGGUUACGAUGAGGACGUCUUUGAAAUUGAAGAUUUCACUAUCGUUACAAUCAGAGAAGGGUUGUGUGCUGAACUGGAGCAGUUACUGCGUAAAUGGGAGCUUAGUGGUGACAACUGCAACAAUUAUUCCUUUACAAAGGCAGAGUUAGCGGAAUGUCAAUGGGAUUCGAAGUACGAAAAGAUUACAUACGGAAACAAUCAUUUGAUUGCUGCCUAUUACUGGCCGAAAAAUCUUCAACGAAUCAAACAAACAACGAAGUCAGAUGUAAUUAAUGCGGACGGUUCGGAUUCUUUUCUAAGCAAUGCUGCGCGAUUGUUCUGGUCAUCUGAGACAGAUUUUUGUCCAGGAUCCAUUAUUUGCAAUCAAUUUGGGGUCCUCGAAUUCAUUUUACUGACACCAUCUGACUGGCAUUUAGACAAGGUGUCGAAUGAAGACCAGCUUCGAGGGUUAUUGUCAUCCAUUACGGAAUCUGUUGGAAAAGCUGGAUGUGCUUUACCAGUAUUUGUACAAUAUGGUGAAAGAGAACGGCAACUCUAUUUCGGUGUCUGUCAAAAUAACUCCAUUCGUACUAAUUUCGAGUCAGUUCACCAACGUCGAGGCCAUCCGUUAAGAUGUCAUUUAUCGGGAUGUUUAGACAUCUUUAGGGAAAUUUUGCAGUCUUCCUUAAUGGAUGAAUCGAAUCUACGUAUAUCUAUGCAAUUCGAUUACAUAUUACAAGAUAGGCCCUGUUAUGAAUCUCCCAAAGAAAAUGUCGUGAUAGAGGAAGAAUUGGUACCAGCAGAAGAUGCAGACAUUGUUGAUAUUUCUCAUUUUCCGUUUGGCGCUACUACAAAUGCAAUUGAGGAAUUUGGUCUAUCAGCGAUUUGGUCAAACAUCGAAAGAGGGGUUGCUGUGGAAGAACAGAACCUCUCCAAUUUGGACCCUCAGCGAGCCUUAGCAUGGAGUGCAUGGGUUUCAGUACACAAAAAUACUUCAUAUCUAAUGAGUUCUUGCUUGAGAAAAUUAUUGGAAACUGCUGAGUCUCAACAAGGCUCAAGUUUGGUUCUCCAAAAACGAGAGCAUUUAAGGCAGGAUGCCAGUCAGGCAUUGUCUUCAUUGUUAUCUCCAACAGAGCCAGAAAAUAUUUCAAUCAGAAGCACGAAUGAGAACUAUUUGGAAACUGGCAUUAUUCGGCAUUGGAUUGAUAAAGUAUUUGAAAAGACGAAGCGAGAACACAUUUUGCCAAGCUCUAACACUUUAUGCAACAUGGACGUUGAAUCAACAUACUCGAUAGGGAACGCAUCAAGCCCUGGUCCAGGUAGUGCUGUUAAAAAUGCACAGUACUCUGAAGCAUAUCAUGCUGAAAGCAUAAUGGAGGAUGGAAACACUGUGGAAAUUUAUCAGAAACUUAGCGAUAUAUUGGGCACAUGUAAAUCAGCUCCAGAAUCUAGCUUGACUUGUCGCAUUUCUGUUGCGCUUGCCCAAAUGCUGUGUGCUCGGAAUUACUCAUUGACUGAAUUUUCUCACUUAUGGUCUACAAUUACGUAUGAAUUGCAGAAAUAUUACGAAAAAAAUUUGUAUAUUCCUGGACUGGAUAAAUCUUUGACGCCCGACUUGUCUACCUGUAGAUUCCAUCAGAAUCUGCAGCUUUUACAAUGUGCAGUUAAAGCUAAAAAAAGACGUGAGUCAAAGAACUUUUUCAUGCAAAAGUGGCAAUUGUGUAAGUCAGAAGAGGAUGAAUUUUUUGACGCAUCGGAAUCCUUAGAAGAAAAUGAUAAAGAAAUAUCGAGAAAAGAAUCAGACUCUUCAGAAGGGCGUUUGAAACCUUACAACUCGUUGUAUCUUCUUCACUUCUCUGAUAGGCUAAUGUAUGAACCUAUUACACAGAGUCGUGUUCCAGUGACCGAGGAUAUGCUCGAGAGGCAUACUGAAUAUUUAGCCUCGUUGAGGGAUCCUGAAGAACGAGUUAAAGCACAACUGGAGCCACUUUUUUCAGAUAUGCAAGCUUUUAAAGCGGCCAAUCCAGGUUGCUGUUUUGAGGACUUUGUAAGAUGGCACUCUCCUCGUGACUUUAUCGUAGAUGAUGAAAAUACAGGGGGAGGUCACUUGUCAAGUCGCAUGACGGGUGAAGAUAACACAUGGCAACAGACGUGGAAUCAGGCGCAGCCGAGGCCUGCUUGUCGUCAAAAAAUGCUAUUUGAUGACUUGAAAGUGGCUAAUGAGAUUAUUAGUGGUUUCGAAAAUCUCACAGUGUCCAAAUUAAUUCUUUAUAUUCUACCAGUUUUAUUCAAAUGCGCAUCCGUACAGUUAGUGGAUGAAUCAAAAUUGUAUUUUGCUCUUAUUGGAGACAAAUUACUCAGCCUUUGCAAAAAAAUUUCGAAUUGUACGAGGAGCAAUGGUUUGGAAGAUUACUUAGAUGCUGUCAAGGAUAUGACUGAAGUUGAGGGGGUGGUUGCUUGCUGCAAUGCACUUUAUACACAAUUAGUUGCUGCGACUGAUAAAAAGUUAACUGAAGACGAGAAGUGUGAAAUACGACAAUUCGUUAUGUUGCUCGUACGAUCAGACGAGCAAAACUACAGAAGUGUUGCUAAUGGUGGAAAAGCUGGUGCUGGCUAUCGAAUACCGAUUGUUCGAGGUUUACAUGGGCCUAUCGGUUCAGCUCUAAAAAACCUCUUUUUUGGUUCCUCUAUAAAAAACUCGAAUAGGAGCGAAAAAAGAACUCUUGAGCAAAUUCUCACUGGCGACGAAGACAUGCCAUAUCGCAGGAGGCAAUACAUCAUUCGAUGCGGUGCUCGUAGACCCACACUUGGUUCACGAACAUUACCACAAAGAUUAUAUGCUGCAAUUUCAAGAGAAGAGUAUAGAAUUUGUUUGGCACUGUCAAGUGAUACCGUCUUAUCUUAA